AUGGAAACAAUGGAAACUCCCUUCCAUUCCUACACGGUCUACAGGAAACCAACACAUACAAACAGAUACCUCAACGCAAACUCCCACCACCAUCCAGCACAAACCAACUCCGUCUUAAACUCUCUCAUCCAUAGAUCUAUCAACCUCAUGGACCACCACAGCAAACCACAAGAGCUAGCCCAACUCAAAUCAGCUCUCCUUCAAAAUGGAUUCACAGACCAUCAAAUUGACAGAUCCAUCCGUCGUCAACAAACUUCUUUGUCCAGUUCCAAAGAUCCAAAAGACAACAACGUUCCCCACAAAGCUUUCCUUCCCUACGUUAAAGGUGUAACUGACAAAAUUGGCCGAAUUCUCUAA